AUGGCUUUUUCGACAAUCUACAACAUCUUUUUCAAGAGAAACUCAAUUUUCGUGGGCACUGUUUUCGCCUCUUCUUUCGUUUUCCAAGCCGCCUUCGACAGCGCUGUUACCUCGUGGUACGAACAACACAACAAGGGUAAGUUGUGGAAAGACGUGAAAGCGAAGUUGGCUCAGGGUGGAGACGACGAUGACGAGGAUGACGAGGAUGACGAAUAG